UCAUGUGUUGUGCAUUUUCACGUUAGCUUACGGCGACUAAUACUCAACGUUCAUAGCGCUCGUUGCUGACGAGGUAUUGUGAUACGAAACGUGCCGAACGACUCGAAGAUAGUGCUCUGUGGCGUUAGGCGGCGUAUCGGAAAAGUAGACUUUUUGAAACAGGUUUUAGGUGCCUAAAUCAACUACGAUGAGUUUGUUUGAACAUAUCAAGCGAAUGUAUGAACAAGAGCUGUACUCCAAUGUUGUCCAGCUGGUAUGUCUGGCACUACCCACAUCCCUGGUUGAUCAAGGGGACUGCUUAUCUCCCAGUCCACAAGUAUCAGACUCUGGUGUACUCUGCCAAUUCGCUUUUCCAAUUGAGGGAUAUUAAACGCGCUGAGGCGUUCUACAAGAAAGCUUUACAGUAUCGCAAGUCUCUGGCUAAGGUCAAGGGAAAACAGCUGGAAUUUCCGAAGGAUUGCACAUCAGAGAUAGACGUCAAAUAUCAGCUGCACCUGUGCUACGUCCACCAGAAGCAAUUCUUCCAGGCCACGGGCAUUUUGGAAUCCGUUCCUGCCAAGCAGCGAACGGUCAAGGUCAACAUGGCGUUGGGUCAGCUUUACCAGCAAUGUGGGACCGAGCGGCCGGCAAUCACCGCCUACAAAGAGGUUCUUAGGGAGUGUCCGCUGGCGAUGGAGGCUGCCCAGGGCCUGCUGCAGAUGGGCGUCAAGGGCACCGAGGUGGCCUGCCUUAUGGUGAACGGCACCAGCAACGUCCCCAACAUGGAGUGGGUGUCGCUGUGGCUGCGCGCGCACGCCCAUCUAAACGCGCAGGAGUACGUGCCGUGCGCACACACGCUCAAACAGCUGGAGGAACGGUCGCCGCUGCAGGAGAACGCGCACAUGCUGGUGACGCUGGGCCGUGCCUUCUACUACAGCGGCGACCACCGGAAUGCGCUCAGCACGCUGCAGCGGGUACACCUGGUGGACCCGCUGCUCGCCUCCGGCAUGGACCUGCUAGCCGACAUGUACCACCGCGACCGCAAGUCCAAGGAACUGGAGCAGCUGGCCAACCAGCUGAUGAGCAGCUCGUCAGAGGUGCACCCCGAGCCCUGGGUGGCCAUGGCCUACCACACUAUGCUCAACAAGCGGCCGCAGCGGGCGCUCUACUUCGCUCACAAGGCGUCUGUGCUGGCUCCCAGGAACGUGGAGGCGCUGGUGCUGAAAGGCAACCUACUGCUGGAGCUGAAGAAGACGCAGGAGGCGGUGAUUCACUUCAGGGAGGCCAUGCAAAUCGCCUCGUAUCGCUACGAGCCGGUGCACGGCCUGGUCCAGUGCUACGUCUACCUGAACCGCUGCAAGGAGGCCAUCGCGCUGGCCAAUAACGCCUGCAAGGAGAUGGGCUACACGGCCCGCGCCCUGACGCUGUACGCCAGUGUGAUGCUGAAGGAGCCGCUGUACGUAAGCCGCGUCCGUUCCUGUUUGGAGAAGGCACUGGACAAGGAGCCCAGCUACCUACCCGCUGUGCAUUUGCUGGUGGAGAUUUAUGAGAAGAGCAACCUGCACGAGCUGGCGAUCGACCUGCUGCGUCGCCAGGUGGCCACGCACUCCACGUGUCGGCUGCACCUGGCGCUGGCCGACCUGCUGGUGCGCGACCGUGACGAGGAGCGCGCCCUCCAUCACUACCAGAUCGCCCUCAACCUGGAGCCGACCAAUGAACGGGCGCUGCGCUCGCUGCGCCGCCUGGAGGCCGGGCCCGACCAGCUGGAGCCGUCCUACGAGCUGGACCCCGAGGAGGCGGCCGAGUCCGAGAACGACGAAGCCGUCGAGGACACGGACAGUGAGCUGGGUCAGAACUGGGCCGAGAUGGACCUGACAUUCGGCUCACAGUGACCCGGAGGCCGGCGGCUGGCCGACCGGCCGGUGACGACGGACGACGGGGCCGGCGGAGAGAGCUGACGCAGUG